GUCACUUUGUUGAAAAGUCGAAGAUGGUUGAGCAAGUGGAUAACGACGUUUCUUAGUAAAUAAAUCGCCAAAAAACGAUGUUACAGUGAUUUUCUACUAAUUUUAAUGUAAAGUGUUUAUAAAUAAAUUAUAUAUGAUAAGAAAAAUGGGCGACAGUAGUGAUUCGGAGGAGUUUUUCGACGCUGAAGAAUUCACUCCUGUGAAGGGAUCCAAAAGAUCCUCAUUAUGUAGAAGCACAAGCAUACCUGAGGGUAAGGAGAAAGAGAAGCCCACCAGCAAGCCUGAUGAUGCUCCAUCACAACCCAGUGUCACCACCAGCACUCCUGUCAUGGAGAACAAUGUUGCUAGUGUACAAGAUGAUAGACACUCUGUCAAAAAUGUAGUUCAGGGCAGAAGAAGAUUUCAGGAGCUAAGAAGAUGUAUGCAGACGGAAGAGGAAGACGAGCCAGACCCUGGUGCAGCCCCAGCUGCUCCUAUGGAGCAUCCGUUCAAGAUAAUAUCCCACGACACCAUGAGCUUGCAGAGUAUGACGUCACUGGGCAGGAUCGGAAGGAUACUCAGUGGGGCGGCAGAGUCGCAUUCGAACAUCCGUGACUCUACAAUGGCGCCUUCUGCAUCCUCCAGAGAGCCUUCCACGAUCUCCGAUGAUCCCAUACUUAUUGAUAGAACGCAAAAUGUGCUAGCGAUGGCCGAGCCGGAUGUGAUAGCCAGCACGAAGGCCAACAGCCUGAAGCAGAACCGCGCCUCGUCUGCCGCCAUCGUCUCCAUGUCGGGCUCCAGCGGCGCCGAGCCGCGGCCCGCCAGCGUCGCGGGGCCCGUCGCGCCGCCCAGGAAGAAGAAGCGAAACAAGCUGCACGGCUCUCAGUCGCUGUCGCUGGCGGACGGAGACAACAUCAGCGUGUGCACCACCGACACCGACGAGCUGCGCUACGUGCGCCGCGCCGACAAGCCGCAGCUGGACGAGCUGCUCGUCCUACCGCCAUUAUCGAACUCCGUGAACCAGACUAUGGCGCUGCCGAGCCCUGCCAGCACUAUAGAGUCUUUGACCAGGGAGUUCCAAGACUCUUUGGAACUAUCUCAAUCCAAGUAUGCGGCGUUGGAGUUGUCAUCGCUGUCGCAUCACGAGUCCCGCUCGAGCGAGCGCGCCAGCACGUCGUCUCGCGGCAGCGCGUCCCUGCGCCCGCACCCCGCGCACCCCGCACACUCCACGCUCGACAUCAAGGAGGCUGUCAAAGGCGAGUACGUAGUGCGUCCGCAAGACGAGGAGCGCUCGCGAGCGGCCGGCGCCGGCACCGCCAGCAGCGCGGGCAACACGGGCACCAUGGGCAGCACGGGCAGCGGCCGCACGCACAGCGAGGGCCGCCCGCCUGCCACUGGCACUUCUAGUCUUGGAUCUGUUAACAGACGGUCGGACGGCAGUCGGGCGCGGCGCCGCUCGGCCGGGGACUCCCCUCAGGCGGGCGCGGGGCUCCACGGCCGGCCCGCGUCGCCGCACCAACUGUCCGACAUUGAGAUCCUCGAACAAGUCACCGUGCUCAAUCUGGAUACUGGGGAGCGCAUGCCGCUGAGUGUGGCGGAGCACAAGCUGCCGCAAUGCAUCAACCCGCUCAGCCUGCACAUCAUGCGCCUCACCUCGGAGUACAUCGGCAGAGCGAACGACGACGAAAACACGAGAGAGACAGAUGAAGAAAGCGAAAGCGUAUGUGCUGGCGGCACAGAGGACGAAGCAAAAGAAACCAAGAAAGAAGGCGCUGACAGGCAAACCACCGCAAUCAAGAGAAAGACUGAGAAAUUAAAACGAUUUUUCGGGAGUACGGUGAAGAAGACAGUAGACGCGGCGAAGUCUCUCGCGCAGGAAGUGUCGCACGCGCGGCACAAGGAGGACGUGGCGGACAUCGUGGACGACGUGCGCGGGGAGCACAACAUCAAGCUGAAGGCGUCCAACUCGCACAAGGGCCCGUACGACUUCGAUGGCUGUGUGAGAUACGUGCAGGAGAUGGGGUCUGGUCACUCGGGCGCGGUGUGGUGCUGCAAGUUCAGCGUGUGCGGCCGCCUGCUGGCCACGGCGGGGCAGGACAAGCUGCUGAGGAUAUGGGUCACCAGGGACGCCUACCACAUGUUCCACGACAUGCGCACAAAGUACAACGCAGAGAAGAAAUGUUCCCCCACCCCGUCGCAGGAGUCGCUGGCGCCGCUCGCGCCGCCGCCCCCCUCCCCCGAGGAGCCGCCCCUGGGCCCCGCAGCGCCCUUCUGCCCCAAACCCUUCUGUGUCUACUCCGGGCAUACUUCUGACCUGCUGGACGUGUCGUGGUCGAAGAACUACUUCAUACUGUCCAGCUCGAUGGACAAGACUGUAAGGCUGUGGCACAUCUCGAUCGGCGAGUGCCUGUGCUGCUUCCAGCACAUCGACUUCGUGACGGCCAUCGUGUUCCACCCGCGCGACGACCGCUACUUCCUGUCCGGCAGCCUGGACGGCAAGCUGCGUCUGUGGGACAUCCCUGACAAGAAGGUGGCAGUUUGGAACGAAGUAGACGGCAAAACCAAACUGAUAACAGCAGCCAACUUCUGCCAAAACGGCAAAUUCGCCGUCGUCGGCACUUACGACGGACGCUGCAUCUUCUACACGACCGACCAGCUCAAGUACCACACGCAGAUCGACGUGCGCUCCACCCGGGGGAAGAACUCCACCGGGAGGAAGAUCAGCGGCAUCGAACCCAUGCCCAACGACGACAAGAUACUCAUAACCUCAAACGACAGCAGAAUAAGGUUAUACGACCUCAGAGAUUUAAACCUUUCAUGCAAAUACAAAGGUUAUGUCAACGUAUCGAGUCAAAUCAAAGCCAGUUUCUCUCAUGAUGGCAAGUACAUCGUCAGCGGGUCGGAGAACCAGUGUAUUUAUAUUUGGAAAACGUGCCACGAUUAUUCAAAAUUCACAUCUGUGAGGAGGGACAGGAACGAUUUCUGGGAGGGCAUCAAAGCGCACAACGCGGUAGUGACCUGUGCGGUGUUCGCUCCGAACCCUGAUCACAUGAUCAGGAUGAUCAGCGAGAGGGAAGAGAAGAUGAGUGCCACUAACAAGACACCCGAUGAAAAGGAAGAAGUGAAGGCUGCAGAGGGCGGCAUGGUGGCGUCGUCCCAGACCGGCCACGUGCUGGUCAGCGCCGACUUCAACGGCUGCAUCAAGGUGUUCGUGCACAAAGCCAAGCCCAAGCACAGCUCGCUGCCCGCCUCCGCGCUGGCUUGAAGCGUGCUUUGUUUGUGCUGACCAAAGACAAUCAUACAACAUGCUGUUAAAGGAUCUGUUCGUAAUCGUUAUUUAAUUUUCUAGUUAUACGGAACUCGUGGGUUAUUUGAUCAAUUCUGUGUCUUUGAAAGGAUAGCUACAACCGACGUUUGACGUCAAUAAGUUAAAAGAAAUCAUCAUUUUACAUCAAGUUAUAGACCCCGGCAAGUAAGUUGUACCAGAAUUAGAAUUGUCUGCGCAAGUUCAUACAAAAUUGUUAGACGCAUGCUCCUGUAUGUACCUGUGCAUUAAAGUUGCUAAAUGUAUGUAGAUUGUAAUGGCGUCAACGUGUUGUUAUAAUUACUCGAUAAAUGUGUCACUGCGCUUAGUUCAACUUACAGGCCGUUAGCUAUAUGCUAUGUUACAUGGAUAAAUAUUGUUUGUUUGACCCCCAAUUAACAUUUUGCUGUGGUUUCAUUGAGUGAUACAAAGAACUAUUUCGAAAUUUUCUUUUAUUCUUUAGCUCUUGAUUGCAAUCUCACCUGAUGGUAAGUGAAGAUGCAAUCUAAGAUGAAAGGGGGUAACUUGUUAAGAGGAGGAUGAAAAUUUACACCCCUUUCGGUUUCUACACGACAUCGUACCGGAACGUUAAAUCGCUUGGCGGUACGGCCGAAGCCUCCCACCAGCCAAAAUGUGUCUUGUAUAAAAAACUAUACAAUGUCAAACGAGUUAAGUGACUUUUGUUCACUAAAAGCGACAGAGUUGGCGAUACAAGUCUGACUGGUGGCAAAAAAAAUUUGGAGGAAAUGAAUAUAAAUGUUUGCAGCAUUUUUUUUACUCUUUCAUAGUUUAAGUGGUAAUUUGUAUGAAUUUGCAUCUUAUCACAAUUUUUUUCCACUCAUUCUUUGUAUAUUAGACAUAAAAAAACUUUUCAACUAUGUUGAAGAUACAAAAUGAAGCUGCAAAGAAAAAAGCUUGUCAAAAGCUAAUCAAUAUUUCGAUCGGUUUGAUAUGUGAUACUUAUCUUAUUCAUUAGAUGCUACAAUUCGUUCUAAAGCUCUUAUUUUUGCAUGAAAGAUGUGGAACAUAGAUUAUAAUUUAUGGGUCAUAUAAGUUCCAUUUUAAGUUAAAAUGUUAAAAUUUGCAGUCCUUUUUCAAAUCAUUAUAAAAAAAUACCAAGUUUGUGUAGAUGUAUCAUGUAAUGUGGAUUAAAAAUAUAUCAAAUGGUUGUUGUAAAAAAUUAAUAUAUUCUAUUUUUCUAAAAUUUACUUGAUAAAUGACCCACAUGACCUCAUGGGAUUUUUAUUUAUGUUCAGGAAUUAAUUAAUUCGAAUUGAUUUAAUGUAAGCCGAAUUAACUUUCGUCACCACUAUUUAUUGUAUAGUUAACUAUAACAAGAACUAUUAUUUACUAGAUGUUUAAAGAUGAAUUACUUUUUGAAUAAAUGCACAUAUUUCGCUUUAAUUACUUUUAAAAAAUUGUAUAUUGAUUUUUCUGUAUAUAUGUUAUUCCUAAUCAAAUGUAUAAUUCCAAGUUUAUAUUAAUGUAAUUAAUUAUACUUAUUGUCUUGCCUUCGUUAAACUAUGUGAUUAUUAUUAUAUUAUAUUAUGUAUAAAUAAAUGUAAUUUUCUGUAUAGUUACUCAUAUUGAAGCCAUUUAUGAAUGUAUCAAAGAUUGUAUCGUGUAUAUUUUUAAUUUGCAUUUAAUGUUUAAUAAAUCGUUAUAUUACUA